GGCUGGGCUGGGUGGGGCAGCCCUGUGUCCUGAGUGUCCUGUGAAGUUGUGUCCCCACAAGCAAAGCCAGGCAGAGAUUGCUUCAGAGCAGUGGCUCUGACGGGUGAGGAGAAAGCCGGAGAGGCAAGCCCAGAUUCUGGAUUGCCUUCCAAGUCCCUGACCCGGCCAUGCCCGCCCCGCUGCUCCCACUCCUGCUUCGGACACUGCUGUCCCGCCUGCUGCUGCCCGCCGCCCGCCUGGCCCGCCGGCACCUCCUGCCCCUGCUGAGUCGCCUGGCCCGCCGCCUGGGCUCCUGGGACUUACGUGAGGCUUUGCUGAGCUGUCUGCUGUUCCUCCUCAGCCAGAGACACCAGCCAGACUCUGGAGAGGCCUCCAGAGCAGCCCGCCCUGAGAGGAGGGAGAGGGUAGCCCCACAGAAAUGAGGCCACGAGUCCUGGUCACAGCAGGAACCGAGUGCUCUCUGUGGAGUAAGACGGUCCUGGCACCAUCAGGGACCAAAGCCUGCCCAGUGGGCAUUCGACAUGGUUCGGGACUGAGCAUGAGAGGGGUCUGAGGACUUGCCUCCCGGGCCCAGCAGGAAAGACUGGAACCAGGCCCUGCCUCUAGCAGAAAACUGGUCUGUACCUCCUCUCUGCAGGCCUCAGGGCCUUUACCCCGACAAACGCAGGCAUGGGGUCCUGGGAGGGACAAUUGACCAUUUAGUGGAGAGGCGAGAUUUUAACCCAGACUGUCUUUCCGACUGAGGAUUUACCUUAAAAGCAUGAAACCUUGAUUUCCCCCACCCCCACUCCCACACCACCCCGGAUUCAGUCCCGCCCCAAAGCCCAGCAUGCAGCAGGUGCUCAAUAAAUAUUGUUGAAUUCCUGGGGCACCUUUGAAAUUCUUAUCAGCCGCACGCGGCCAGGCAGUCUCACCUGGCCGGGAGCUGGGGGUGAGGAGCAGCUCAAGGCUU